AAAAUCACAUCUCAAAAUUAAAAACCAUAUGGCACUCGAGACUCUCAAUUCUCCAACAGCCACCACCACCGAUCGUCCUCUUCUCCGGUAUCGUGAAGAAAUGGAGCCUGAGAAUCUCGAGCAAUGGGCUAAAAGAAAACGAACAAAACGUCAACGUUUUGAUCACGGUCAUCAGAAUCAAGAAACGAAUAAGAAUCACCUUCCUUCUGAAGAAGAGUAUCUCGCUCUUUGUCUCCUCAUGCUCGCUCGUGGCUCCGCCGUACAAUCUCCUCCUCUUCCUCCUCUACCGUCACGUCCGUCACCGUCCGAUCACCGAGAUUACAAGUGUUCCGUUUGUGGAAAAUCGUUUUCGUCUUACCAAGCCUUAGGUGGACACAAGACGAGUCACCGGAAACCGACGAAUAACAGUAUCACUUCCGGUAACCAAGAACUGUCUAAUAACAGUCACAGUAACAGCGGUUCCGUUGUUAUUAACGUUACCGUUACUAGUAUUAACGGUGUUAGUCAAAGUGGAAAGAUUCACACUUGCUCGAUCUGUUUCAAGUCGUUUUCGUCAGGUCAAGCCUUAGGUGGACACAAACGGUGUCACUAUGACGGUGGUAACGGUAACGGAAGUAGCAGCAACAGCGUAGAAGUCGUUGCUGGUAGUGACGUCAGCGAUGUGGAUAAUGAGAGAUCGUCGGAAGAAAGUGCUAUCGGUGGCCACCGUGGAUUUGACCUAAAUUUACCGGCUGAUCAAGUCUCAGUGACGAUUUCUUAACGUUGACUCAGUUUGGGAGAAAAGUCAACUGUCGAGCUAAGAAGAAGGGUUAGUGGACGGUGAAGAUUAACGGUCGUUUCUUUCCAGUUGCUUCGGUUGAGCUUGACUGAGUCUGUAAUGAAAAUGAUUGGAGUGG